AUGGCCGCACGCGCCGCGGGGCGCGAGCUGCGCCCGGAGGACGAGGACUUCGACGACGACGAGUCCGCUCCGGCCCCCUACGUCCCGCUGCUCGUGCGCGACGUGAUGCCCACGGCAGUGGUCACCGCCCGCCCUGACCAGCUCGUGAGUGAACUCGAUCUCACACAGGUCACCGGCAUGCCCGUGCUGGACGCAGCCGGCGCCAUGGUCGGCGUCAUCUCCAAGACGGACAUCGAGACGCGCGCCGUUGACGCCGAGACGCGCGUCGAGGACCUGAUGUCGCGCCGCAUCAAGGUGUGCCGGCCGAACAACACCGUGGCGGAGGCGGCGGCGAUGAUGCUCAAGUACAAGGUCCACCGCCUGCCCGUGGUCAAGUCGAACGCGAAGACCGGCGAAAUCAGCCUGGUAGGAAUCAUCACACGCACCGACGUGUACUACGCCCUCGAAACGGGCCGCCUGUAG